UCUCGCCAGAAUUGGCACCAUUGAUGUCAAAUUUUAUGUUUAGAUUUAGAGAAUCAUGCCAGUAUCGACACCAAUAUUAUUAGUCUGUGGUGGUUUAUUUACUGCUGUGCGCAAAGGUGUUGUGUUUAUGUAAAUGCCGAAUUAUCUUUACUGUCUUUAAAAUUGGAAUAAUUUAGUUUAAUUUUAAGUGGAUAAUGAUAUUGUAACAAUGAAAAAGAUCAAUAAAAGGAUUCCAGGCUUAUUACCACCACCUCCGAAAUCAGAAGUCGAUGGAAAGAUAACCGACUUGUCAGGCAAAACUGUUCCCGAACUUCUGGAUAUUCGUGACCGACAAAUGAAACUACUGAAUAAUAAAUCAUUCAUUGCAAAGCUAUCCGAUAAAGGAGCUAAAAUACAGAGUUUUCUAGAUAAAGUUAUUGCGAUACUCAAGGAAAAGCAAGAGGAAGAACAGACUUGUCGCCUUUUCAGUGAUAUGAAAUUAACUCCAAUUGAAAAUGAAGCAUUGCAAGACAUUGAAUGGGAAGGUAAAAUAAACAAUAACAAGGAAACAUAUUUAGAUUCUGAUGAUGACAGUGAGCCCGAAGAUGUAAUGCAUAUAUUAAGUCAAAGCACUACAACAGAAAAAAUAGUCAAAGUAUUACCCAGUGAGAAACCCCUGAUUACUGCUGAAGACUUGAUUAAAAUUGGAGAUGUCGCUCAUGUCAAAUAUCUCAUAGAAAAAACAGAUUCAAAGCCCAAGUCGACAGGUACAGGACAUUUUAAACCUUUUAAGACAACAAAAUCAGACGUUCACAAUCCAGAGAAAGAAGUUCUUCGGAAGAAACAUAAACAUUGGGAAGUAACUGCAGCAACUCCACCUCCAAUAAUACACGGACCAGUUAAGUUGUUGGCAUUAGAGGAGUCCUUAGAACUUCAGAAACAAUACAAUAUUCAUUUGAAGGAAGUUGAAGCACAACAUGCUGCGGAAAAGUUAAUGGCAAGAGUAGGAAUGAGAAUGCCGGAACUACCAUCAGAUACUACUAAGUUUGGAACAUACAGAGUAGAUGAUACUGAGGAUUCGGAAGCGUCCGAUGUUGAAGGAAGUGAUAAAGAGGUUCAUGAUGAAGAACUUGAAAGGGGAGGUGUUCUCUUUACUGUGAUGAAAUAAAAUUCAUUCUAGAGUAAUAAUCUUAGACAUUCAUCACCAGCCUAUUAAUAUCCCCACUGCUGGGGCACAGGCCUUCCCUAUGGAUGGAAUAGGGAGAUUGGGCCAUGACCCACCACGCAGGCUCAGAACGGAUUGGUGGGUGCUAACGACUGCAGAUGCAGCUGGGAUCAACGGCUUAACGUGCCUUCCAAAGCACGGAGGAGCUCGAGAUAUUAUUUUUUAUUCACCCAUUCAACGACCGACCACUGCGAAAGUUGCUUAAAUUCAACGAUCGCAGCCGAACGCCAGAUGCGCAAUCUAGCUCCUCUUCAUCUUCAUCUUAGACAUUAAAUACAUCAAUAUUUUUAUAUGUAAUAGAUGUUGACCUAAUGAAGGCACAAUUUUGAAAAUAAUUAAUACUUCCUGAUAUGAUUUGUGUUACAUAGAUAUAUUUUACAUAAGGUUUUGAUAUCCGCAGAG